CUCCCACAGGGCCACAAGUUCUAUAUUAAUGGAAAAUGUCUUUUAUACUGUGAAGAAAAUUGGGUGAUUGAAAAAUGGUGUCUCAAACAGUUGAUCUUCUGAAAAAUGAGCUUCCUCUUGAGCUGGAAGCUGUGGUUUUGCCUGAAGAUGGUGUGAUUGGCCUUGUUCUUGUGGACAUCAUCAAUGGAUUUUGCACUGUUGGUGCUGGAAAUCUGGCUCCAAGAGAACCCAACAGGCAGAUUUCAGGAAUGAUCAAUGAAUCAGCAAACUUGGCUAGGGUUUUCUGUGACAAGAAUUGGCCUAUUCUUGCAUUUCUUGAUACCCAUCAGCCAAACAAGCCUGAGGAACCUUACCCAUCUCACUGUAUUUCGGGAACUGAUGAAUCAAACUUAGUUCCUGCUCUACAGUGGUUAGAAAAAGAAGCAAAUGUAACAAUCAGACGCAAAGAUUGCUUUGAUGGAUUUCUGGGUUCAAUUCAGGAUGAUGGGUCCAAUGUUUUUGUAGACUGGGUGAAGAACAAUCAGAUCAAAACUAUGGUGGUUGUGGGGGUAUGCACAGAUAUAUGUGUGCUGGAUUUUGUGAGUUCAACAUUAUCGGCUAGAAACCUUGGAUUUCUGAGGCCACUGGAGAAGGUGGUGGUGUACUCUCGUGGCUGCGCCACCUUUGAUGUGCCUCUUCAUGUCGCCACCAACACCAAAGGCGCUUUACCUCAUCCUCAGGAGUUCAUGCAUCAUGUUGGUCUUUACAUGGCAAAAGAAAGGGGAGCUAUAAUUGCAAGUGACGUGUCGUUUCAGGCACACAAGAAGCCAUGAUCUAUGCCUCAACUUUGCUCAACCCAUCAUCCUAUCCAAUGAAUGUUACAUGCCAGAUAAAAAAAAUAGUCGGUUCGAUGCUAAUAACGUGGAUUCCCUUAUUCUUGAUAUGGUGUUGUUUUGGUUUAUUGGAUUCUAGCUGGAUCGGUAAUUUAUGAGUUGAACAAUUUUUUUUGAAUUGGACUGUAGACUUGAUAUGUAAUUUGUGGUUUUUACCCUGUAAUUAUAACUUUUCUAAGACUGUUUCAAUGCAAAUCUCCAUUUUCCCUUAAAAAAAAAAAAGAAUUGAGUUGGGAAAUGAUGUACUGCUGUUUCGGUCUUUAGUAAGCGAAAUGGGCAGGACUUAACUUUUAGCUACAAAUGAUACAACAUGGGCUUAAGUUGGCCUUAUAAAUUCUUUUACAUAGAUCAGGAAUUGAGUUGGGAGAUGAUUUGAGAUACUUUUAACCCUUCUCAAUGGAAAGAAAAUUUUACAUAGAUCAAGUCUAUAUACACGCAAAAUAUAAAUAUAUAUAAAACUUACAUAAAACUUAAUCUGUUCAUUUAUACUACAGAUCUGUUCAUUUAUACUACAGAUCUAUAUAGACCCUAUUUAGGCAAAAUAAAGAUUAAAUCGAACAAAAUUGAUUUGAUCGAAAAACUGAAUUAAAAAAAUUAAAUUAGAAAAGUCGGAUUCAAUUUUUCAAUUUAAACCAAAUUUUG